CUUAUCGCCUGCCACCAGCACCCUUCGGAUGGCAGAAGUGAUAACCGCACAGUUAAAAAGCUCAUCGCCAACACUGCCGGGAGCGAUUUCUGCAGUGCUCUGGAUUCUCAAUCCCUGUUCGCAUUGAUAAAGUUACAAAUUGCGUACGCAAAGCCAAUCGUCGUAAUCAAGUGAGUGUUUACUUGAAACAGCUUGUCUUGGAGGACUGCAAAAAACAUCCAGAUAGCAGGACUAUUUUUCUCUACGUCCGUGUUUUGAUGGGACAUUUAAAAGACGGAUCUGCACUAUCAGAUGAACAUUCUGUAAAGUUGUUUCGAUCGUUCAACGCGUACUGCCCGUCUUUGAGCUGGAGCGAUAGCCGUGUAAAGAGGACACUGGUAUAGAUAGAUUUUAUUUCUGAUUCGGUCAUAAACAUUGAAAUUAAAUGAAAACUAUGUGGUAUUCUAGAGAUAAACGCUACUUAUUAAGUGUGCUUCUAUCCUUUAUGGCGAAAUAAUUUCGGAAAUAAUAAAACCAAUACUGAUAAAGAAAUAAUCGCCUGAUAAAAAAGGCUCCAAGGACUUCUACCAUACAAAAAAUAUAUAAAGAAAGACUUUCAGAAUCUUAUCUAAACAACACCUGAUCUAGUCAUACAAUUUGUGUUCCUUCUGAAUCUUGUCAUUCAAUUACUAAGUAUAUUCAAACAAAAUUUAUAAUCUUUUUAAUCAUUUUUUAUAAAAAUUAUCAAGAUAUAUACGUUUAUAUUAAUAAUUUAAUAAAUUAACAACAAAGAAUAUUAUCUCCACUUAGUCGGUUAGAGAGAUCACGAAAAUUGGCUAUUCUUUCUUACAAGAUGCUGAUUGAUGCUCCAGAGAGGUACGAAUUAAACGAAGUUAACUACCAAGUAGCAUUAUUUUUAGAGGACUGUGGUAUCACCUUGAGAAGGGACGCUAUCGACUAUCUGAUAGGUUAAGCAAAAAACAUCACAUGACAAUUUAGAAAAAGAGUCCGACUGAAAGUGUCCACUGCAACGGAGGAUUACCACAUGUCUUUUGGCAAAUCGAAAUAAAUGCAGUCUGAGCAAACUAGAAGAUAAUUAGGAAACAACACCUGACAUUGCAAUCCUCGUGAACCACACAGCAAAGGACUACUACGGUGGCAUCCAUGCGAUUCGAGCCGGCUGACUUAGGAGCCGGAAUGGCUUUUCACCCGUUCCUGCACGGGCCAGGGGCCCGAAUGCCCCUCACACAGUCUGACUUUACCAUGAGUUCCUUGCUAACGCAGCCCCACUACCUGACGGCGGCCCUACAGAACUUCAAUCCGGCCCUAGCGGCUGCCUGUUACCCUUCGCCGGCGGGCGCGGCCGCACUGUUCCCGAAGCCUCCACCGCCACCCCAUCCACACAUAACCGCUGAAGAUGUUCUUGGGGCACAUCUGAGGGGAGCGCCCCUGCGCACUCUCGAGCCAGAAGACGAUGGGGUCAAAGAUGACCCCAAGGUGAUCCUCGAGUCAAAAGAUUUAUGGGAUAAGUUCCAUUCCCUGAGCACUGAGAUGAUUGUUACAAAGUCAGGAAGGCGUAUGUUCCCUGCCUACAAAGUCCGAGUCAGCGGUCUGGACAAGAAAGCCAAGUACAUCUUGCUGAUGGACAUUGUAGCUGCAGACGACUGUCGCUACAAGUUUCACAACAGCAGGUGGGUGGUGGCUGGGAAGGCCGACCCAGAGAUGCCCAAGAGGAUGUACAUACAUCCGGACUCCCCUUCCACGGGGGAACAGUGGAUGCAGAAGGUGGUCUCUUUCCACAAGCUCAAGAUAACCAACAACAUAUCCAACAAACACAGUUUCACGAUUCUGAAUUCGAUGCACAAAUACCAGCCGAGGUUCCACCUGGUGCGGGCAAACGACAUCCUCAAGCUCCCCUAUUCCACUUUCAGGACGUACGUCUUCAAGGAGACGGAGUUCAUCGCUGUCACUGCCUACCAAAAUGAAAAGAUCACCAGGUUAAAGAUUGAUAAUAAUCCUUUCGCUAAAGGAUUCCGUGAUUCAGGGGCUGCCAGAAAAGAUAAAAGAAGACAGAACUCCCUAUUCGGUUCUCACUCAUACCAGGAAGAAUCUUUGACUGCUUCCCCGCCUGAAGAUGGUCGAGCGGACGAAGCAGACGAUAGUAGUGACAACGAAAACGUGGACGUGGACACCCCAGAUAAUGAUGAUUUGGAGCCACAAACACUUGUUAACGGACACCACCAAACACAUCACUCUCCUGGGAGCAAUUCCCUGCGAAUGUUCGAUUCUAGCAUUCCGAGAGGAUCUCCGACCUCUCCAGCUGGAUCAACAUCUCCGGGAUCUUCAGCAUCAGCAGUCGAACAGAGAAUGAUGCACGAAAAACUCUUCAGCGGUGGUGAUUUUGGGGGUUUGGAGAAUCUCCAGAAGUAUUUGCCUCUACCCUACCCUCCGUCCUUCUACACAGGAUUGAUGGGACACUUGCCCUUUCUGAUGCCGAAUCCCUCGACUCAACAGCAAUUAGGGGCUCUCUUUCCGCCAACUGAUGGCGCCCAGUUAGCAGCCAUGAGGCAACUCCAUGCUCAACUUGGUCAUAAUCGUCUUUUGAUGGAUAGUCUUCAAGAUGGAUUGGUUGGAAAUCAGGAGCCUGCUUCAUUCGCCAAUGGUACUAGCAAUUCCUUGGUAAAAAGUCCAAAAGCUCAUCGAUUUGCACCUUAUAACCUGCCUGCUCUUACGAAUGCUGAGUCCGCUUUUCACAGAUUGGCCACUGGGGGACAUUUACCUCCUCUCCAAGUGAGAAAUGAUCCAGUGAGUUCCCCGUCACCAAAAGAUUCGCCCACAAAAGGCUGAUCAGGUGAAAAUUUGAAAUAAAACAUAUGUGUGCAAUUGUGUUACUCUAAAGAGAGAUUGUUGAUGAAAUUAGUCAACUUCUUCAGCCUAGUCAAGAGGCUACUGUUACGGGAAUGUGCACUAAAACUAACCUAAAACUCUGAGACCUCUUUCCAAAUCUUUGCAACAGACAUUUCCGAAUCGUAUAUUGAAAUUUCGUUUCACGGCCGAAAGUAUUUCAUGGAAGUAGCAUUUUGAUGUUAGAAUCCAAGAUUGAAAAAUCCAAUACUUGAAUGUUUGGUGUGUUUGCUUUAUACACGCAGAAAAUACGUAUAAAUUUGAAAAAAAAAAAAAAAAAACAUUUCAACAACUUAUUCACCAAAGUUAAAGCAAAUAUCUUUGGACUGAAAAUCCACCCGAACUGUGGUGAAAAAAAUAAAAUUAGAACUUUUCGAUAACUUUUCGUAAGCCAGAUAAUUUUAGUGAUUUCAUGUUUACACAUUUAUUUUAUGUUUGUUGACUGUGAUAAGGAAUACUGAAAUCUUUUCAGAAAACCAACGAGUAUGAAGGCCGAUUCAACAAUCGUCACCGGUGCCAGUAUUGAAUCUCUACUAACUACUUUUAAGGUUCAUGACAGUUUUUUGAAAGCAAAACAAUCUUUGGAAGAAACUGUAUAGUUUAAAUGUGCGAGUGAAUUUUCCUAUUUCGUGGUAUUGUGCUGGUCACUUCAGAAAUGAUUUCCAUGUAGUGCAAUUUUCUUCAGAUUUGUUAUUCCACUAUUGCUUCUGCACCUACUUCUUUGUACUGUGACUUUUUUCUAUUAAUCAUCGAAAAAGGAUGAUGCAAAAUCAUAGAACCUGAUGCAUCUAUCAUUGGAUUCAUCCUGUUAAGGCUCGGACUCAGCCUUUUCUUUACCUGAAAUUUUUUCAAAAUAUAAUGGUAAAGCCAUUGAAAUUCGUCAUUCUCAAGCCUAUAGUGGGAUCAGGAUCUUUAAUUUUGUAAAGCUAAUUAUAAUUUUUAAAAAACGAAAAGUUGGGAACUUUGAAGAGUUAGUAAAUAGACUUUCAAAUAACGCCUAUGUUAACCUUUUUCUAAAUAUUUGUAUUUGUAAAUCAUAUUUAAUUUGUUGCUUCAAUAUAUUUUCUUCUUUUCCUGUUAGCAAAAGAAUUGUUUUUGCUAUAUUUAAUUAGCUUUACACUGAAGUCAGUAAAGAAUCUCUUCAUUCGAUAAAAUUCUUACUAUUCGGUGCAAUUUCGUUUAGUUAAUUUAAAAGAAAAUACUGAAGAUUUCCCGCUGAAGUUAAUGAUUCAAUUAACAUGGGUAUGCAACGACAUAACAAACAUCUCCUUAUAAACUUUAUUCGUAAUCUGUCUUACUCUUCAUUGUGUCAUUACUUUCGUUUUGCGCCUUAAGAAGUGAAAUGGAUUUCCAUUAUACAAAAUAUUAAAAAUUCUUGAAAAUUAUUUAAUAGGCCGAAAUAAAAUUUUGCAACAUUAAAAUGCCAUAGAUUCCUUUUUAUAUAAAAAAAAAGGAAUAAAAUCUUAUGUAAAAAAAAAUCUUAUGUCUAAAAAAAAAAAAAAAUCAGAGCAUGUAUUGCAAAAAUGCAAAGUUUAGAUGUCUGCAUCCGAUCCAAAUGAUGUUCUUAUUUAUUAAUUUAUUCACUAAAAUAAGGAAUAAUUUUAAUAAUCAUUUACAGAAUCUUCUUGCGUUUAAUUUUAAUUAUCAUCAAAUGUGUUAAAUUUUAAUUUAUAAAUGCACCAAACAGUAAAAAAAUAAAAGAAAACGAUUAGCAAUUGCUGUGUGCACCUGGUAACUUAGAAAAAUGGUAACUGGGGCAUGGUAUAUAUCUUUCCUCGUUCGAUUUUAAAAACAAUAAAAUGUUUCAGUUAUCAAUUCAUUAAAAUAAGUAACUAUUUUGAUAAUUCUAAUCUUCUUAGACUUAAUUUUAAAUACCAUCAAAUUUGAUAAAUUGAAUAGAAUGUACAUUCGGAUUAAAAAAAAAAGAUUAAGUGAACUAGUGCGAGCAUCUGGAAGCUAGAAUAAAUGGCAUCUAGAAAGUACUCUAUAUUUUUGGCCCCUCCUCUUCUUAUUUAGUUACUGACUUAAAUGCGUAACUGCUUUUUCUUCACGACGUCCUGCUCCCAAUACUAUCCGGGGCAACGAAAACCCUUUAUUCUAACUUGACACAUUGACGGUAACAAAGAUUAUAUUAACUGAUAAUUACUCAGUUCAAUAUCUGAAUUCUUCCCCCCGAUUGAAGUCAACCAUGUCACUUAUAAAUAAAUUCUAAAUCAAUAUUGCUUUAGUUGUUAUUCUUUUUUCAGUUCGAAAACCUGUGUAAUCUAAUGGGCACUUCCUGCUCAGCUAGUUGAGAUACUUUGAAAAAUGAUGAUCGCGCAGAAUUUUGCCAUGGCAAUCGCGUUCGAUGUCCGAACAAGGUAGAACAAAGCCCUAGUUAUUUAUAAUCCCACGUGGCACUUAAAAUUAACUACCUGACUGCUUAUUCCCAACACCUACAAUUACACUUGAAUGAUGUACCUCCGUGCGCCCAGAGGUUGCUCAGGGCAGGUAGAGUAAGUAAUCUCAGUCACAGGUCUCGAUUUGAAAGUGAUUAUAUCUGCUGAUUUAUUCGUUUGUCUGUUAGGAUAGAUCUGUGACCUUCACCACUUCUAGAAUAGAUGGUUCCAUAAGAUUCUACUGCCAUUUCAGUUGCAAGUUGCUGUCGUGGACCGACGCCUUCUUUUUUUUAUAUAAUUUAUUUUUUUCAGUUGUUCGCCUUGAGAAUAUCUGUCAUUUUCAGUUGAGAUAAUCGUAAGUGAAAUUCGAUUCUUUAUCUGUGGGUUAAUUUUUUUUAAAAAAAAUAUUUUCAGUUAUUCUUUUUUACUUUUUUGUUCAUAUCUCUGCAGCAAUUUGGGAGUCAUAAGUAAACAACUAUUAUUUUUCAAUUGGUGUCGAUCUUUACUUGUAUAAUAAUAAAGAUAAUUAUAUACUAAGUCAUCUUUAACGAAAGGUUCCAAAUCAUUGCAAUAAAAUGAGCUGAACCCAAAACUAGUUUUGGGUUUGGAAAUUAAUGCAUCAAAUAUUUCUAAGUUGUUGAUUUGUUCGAUCUACUGCGUAACAAGUCACAAUUUUUUUUUCAGGAAUUAUGAAUUGCAUUAAGGAAGUAAACUUCAUUUCUUAUGCAAAUUUUAAUUUUAACACCUGAGAAUUUAGACGAACUUAAAGACAAUAAUUUAAAACAACUUUAAGAUGCUUGAAUGAAUUUAGACGUAUUUAAAAUCAAUUUAAGUGGGUUGAAUGGAAUGUAUACCAUUCUGAAUAACUUUAUUCCACUAACUUUAAAUCUUGAAUAUGAUUGAUGCAAUUUCUCUAUUGGUUUUCUUGUUUCGAUUAAAAUUUUUUUUAACUAAUAUGUAUUCAUAUCCGCGACAAACGUAAUAGCGUGUUAAACAACCAUUUGCCUACAUAGUAAUAAGACAUUUAUUUUUCUUCUUUUGCAAGAUGCAUCUGACAUAAUAACUUCGCGCAUAAUUUAACUUCUUUUUGCGUCCUUUAUUAUAGAUUAUUAUUAAAAAAUAUUAAUAAGAGAAGCCGUAUUUUUUUACACCUUUCCCCCUUUUUCUCUUACAAGCCUGUGUUUGUAUUGUUGACAAAUGAAAAUGCAUUUUAUAUGCUUUCAGCAUUCGAUCUAAUUGGUUAUUUUUUUUCCUUAGAUAAUAGUUUAAAACUCAAAAAACCAUUUGAAAAUAAUAAUAAUUUUCCAGAUAUUUUUUUUCUUUCUAUUAAUAACUUUUGCAAAUAGUUAAAAUAUGCUUCUCUAUUUUGUUAAGUAUUUAUGAUAAUAAUUUUUUUAAUAGAGUUCUUUAUAAUAAAUUGUUAAUUAUUGUUUUCAAUAAUGUUUUAAUAAAACUUAAAACUCGUAUAUAUAAAAAUAUUAUUUCCGUAUAGUUGUUCUUAUGCUUGGUUAUCAUUAAUCAAAUUGCAAUGUAAAUGAAAUACAGUAUUUUUGUUUGAAUCGCGAGAGAAAUUAUUCUGCGCAUGUCAUCUGACAUCAAACUUCAAGGUGUCUUACGUUGUUAACCGGCUUUCAUUUACUUUUGAAAACUGUAUCAUAAAUUGAAAUAUUAAACUGAUACAGAACUUUCAUAUAAGCAUAAAUUGACUCCAUUGAAAAAAUCAAAUUGACUCAAAAUAUUCGUUCAAAAUUAACAAAUAAAGUUGUUUAGAUAGAUUCAUUUUAAUCAACAAAUGAUUUUUCUUUCUAAUUAACCUAUUUAUUUGUAUAAUUGCGGAUGCGACAAUAUUUUCCUGAUACAUGAGGCAAGAUUUGGAAGUAGAAAAAGCUAAAAAAAAUUCUGGAAUGACAUUUAAAAAAUAUUUUAUUUUUCCCUUGCAUACCUUGAACUCUAUAUUAAAUUGAUACAGAACUUUCAUAUAAAUUGACUUCAUUGAAAAAAUCAAAUUGACUCAAAAUAUUCGUUCAAAAUUAACAAAUAAAGUUGUUUAGAUAGAUGCAUUUUAAUCAACAAAUGAUUUUUCUUUCUAAUUAACCUAUUUAUUUGUAUAAUUGCGGAUGCUACAAUAUUUUCCUGAUACAUGAGGUAAGAUUUGGAAAUAGAAAAAGGAAAAAAAAAAAAAAAAAAAAAAAUCUGGAAUGACAUUUAAAAAAAAAAUUAUAUUUUUCCUUUGCAUACCUUGAACUCUAUAUGGCUUGAUUCUAUCAUUCUCCUUUAAACAAUUUGUUAUCAUAUAAAUAAAAAAAUAAUGUACGACUUAUUGUUUAUCACUUUUUAGUGUAAAACUGUGGCAGUACAAAACAAUUCUGCAUUAAUGUUCCUCUACCUUUAUGAUAUGUGUAUAUUAUAUGUAAUUGUUGAUAGAUGUGAAAGAUACUGUUUGUGUCGAGAUUGUGUGGUUACUCCUUGUAAGCAAUUAGCAAAUUUUUAGGUGUCUUGUGUCGCUUACAUUGCAAAGAAGUAUUUAUAUUGAAAGAGAAAAAUUUCAUUGUAAAUAUUGUAAUUUAUGUGCGUCUGUAUAUAUAUUAAGCAAUUCGAAUAAACUUGAUUAUUCUAUCCUGUU